AUGUCUGCACGGUCGUACGAAAUUGUGCAAGGGUUCUUCAUACAGGAUGAAGGUUAUGAAGGCAAUUAUGCAAUCCCACCGCAUUUUGGACUACUGGAUACUUCUGAUUAUCGAUGGUCAAACACGAUUGGUCGAAUCACAGAGCUGAACGAGUCCGCGCCACAAGGUGUAACAUAUAAACUCAUCAUCGCUGGUCGCCACGGACAAGGCUUUCACAACCUGGCUGAGCUGAAGUAUGGAUGGAAGCUUUGGAACGAGUACUGGGCUAGACUCGAUACAGAUGGAGAGAUUGUCUGGGGCCCUGAUCCAAUCCUAACUGAACUCGGCGAGGACCAGGCACGAGUCGCAAACGCAAUGUGGCUCGAUGAAGUCGCAGCAGGCGCACCACUUCCUGAUGGGCUCUACUGCAGUCCAAUGACACGCGCUAUACAGACAUGUCGAUUCACUUUUGCAAAAGUUGUCGAUUUCGCGGAUAGACCGCCACUCAUUCUAGAGAAUGCACGAGAAAUAUACGGCGUACAUUCAUGCGAUAAACGUCGCUCAAAAUCGUACAUCAUGAAAGAAUUUCCUGAGUUCAAGAUUGAAGACAGCUUCACGGAAGAGGAUGAACUACAUGACCCAAACGUACGCGAAACGUACGAACACGUUGCACAGCGCGGGCGCAAUGUACUAGAUUACAUAUUCGACAACGACAAUGGAGUUGUUAUCUCGGUCACAGCACACAGUGCAUUCAUUAGAGGCUUUCUGAUCUCGGCGAAUCACAAGCCAGUACCACUACCAACAGGAGGCAUUGUUCCAAUGGUCGUCAAGAGUAUCAGUACCCUGCAGUGAUGUUUCCCAAAUACAAUGAUUAGGGACCUUGGAUUCUUGUAUAGAUUAGCAAACGUGUCUCGAUACAAAGGUUCGGACUACCUCAGGGAAAACAGGAGUAGAAUGAGGACCAAACAGAAAAAUGCAAGAUUAUUAGAAUAAUGGAAGGAUAGAUCACAUGGCUGUGGCUGUCAUGUCAAAUAUCAUUGGUAAUGAUUCACAUCAUGGUAUUGGUGCAACAAGGGAUACAGCACAAGCAGCCAUGCAUGCUCCCUGAAGUGCGUUACACGCCAAAAUACUCGCAGGCGCAGUAACAGCUAG